CCCUUCAAAAACCAAUACCAAGCUGAGGUCUUGGGGGGAAAAGAUGGCGCUGCCUAGUCACAAACAAGGACCUCCAGUGAAAUCAGUUAAUGGUCAGGGUCACAGAUCGAGGCCCUCACACCGACCUGUGUUCACCUGUUGACUCCACCUGUGACGAUCGAGCGGGCUUUGCCACACAGCCAGUGAGGAGGAGAGCGGUGAGCCAGCGUGCAUGGUGUCACCCACUCGCCUGCACGCUUGUGUCAGUUGUUACCUGUCCGGCAGCCAUUGGCCUCACCUGCGAGGUACAGCACGCCUCGCGGCUCGGCGUCCUUUGUGUUUACACGCGUGUUCAGGUGGUGUGCAAGGGGGUUAGGGUUGUAUGAAGCUGUCUCCUUGUCUUCAUGCCCUCGUGCGCAUGUUGUGUGUGGUGAAAAGCAACGCGACACCUGGUAAACUAAACAAGUUGGCGGAAAUAUUAUGCGCAAAGGAUUUCACGUGGGCCCCUCCUUCUGAUGUAGCUUGUCAACAACAUCGCACACAAGGGCAGAGAGCACCUUGGCGAGGGACAACGGGAGGGGGACGCGGGAGUCCUGUGUGGAUUUCAUAAACCGCCUGUGAACAGUGAAGUCGGUGAGCGUGCUUUCGUUAGUUGCCGCCGUCACACCUUCGCCCUAGGACACCUGAUUCUGUUAUCGUCAUUUUUAUACUUCUUUCGGUCGCUCCGCAAGUGACGGAUUAUUCAGGUGUCCAGGUGUGCUGUGUAAAAGCACAGCAUGAGUGCUUGGAACCCCAGCCACGUUCAGUUCACAGUUUUGCGAGCACGGAAUCUGAUUUCUAAAGGGAAAAGUGGUAGUAAUGAUGUGUUUGUGACAAUUCAGCUUGGCAAAGAGAAGUACCAGACCUCAACCAUCAAGAAUGCCCAGAACCCAGAGUGGUUUGAGGAGUGUGACCUCCCUAUACCACACAUGCACUCCGAGAUUGAGGUACAGCUUUUCCACCGUGGCAUAUUGUCAGAUGAUUUCUUGGGUUACACCACCAUUCCUCUGUGGGAACAAAAAAUUCAGGAUAAAGCAAAAAGCCAAUGGAUCCAUUUGAAAAACAAGCCAUCUAGGGGACCAGACAACAAGCCUCGUGGAGAAAUUGAGGUCAAAGUGACUUUUCAUUCCCACAGCCGUGUAGAUUUCAGCUCAGGGCUUAAAAAGCGAUCAUCCUCACUUCGAAAUCUUGCUACCGCGUUUGGUGACAGACUGAAGCUUACUCGCAGCAAAUCAUUUAGAGAAAAUCGGAAAGAUCCAGAAGGCGGAAAACCUGAUAAACAUCUGAAUCAGAACCAUGGUUCUCUUAAUGAUAUUCCAGAGCGGAAACCACACAUGCAGAAAGGAAUAAUAACUUCUGGUCAGAGGAAGCCUCCUGUGACUCCUCUCCCAACAGUCUCAUUUCCUGCCCUUGAUGUAAAUCACUCCUGGGUUGAUGCAGCAGAGGAGGGUCUGACGAGGAGCUACAGCAUGUCUGCUGCCUAUGUAAAAACAAUGUCUCUAGACCGAGGCGGCAUCCUGUCUCUAACAAGCAGUGCAGACCAACCAGAUAUAAGCCAGUCAGCCUUCAACGUGGCUGGGAAUCGCAGGAGCAUGGUGGAACUACCAUCCUCUCAGCUCCUCCACCAUAUCAUGUACGACCUUCAUCACAGGAUGACAUGAUUCUUGUACAGCGGGAGGGUGGCCAGCAUGCA